AUGGUCUCCUUAAAAGUUCAUAAACCCUCCGGCCAUCGCAGCCGCUCCCGCUCGCCCAACCCCGGACAGGAGGAGAUGGCGUCGCUCACCAUACGCAACGUCACCAUAAACCCGCUCGAGCUCGUGCUCACCGAGCGCUUCGAGAGAGCGCCCCCACCCGGCGGCGGCUUCUCCCGCAUCAACAGCACUCUCACGGGGCUCUUCACCAGUUCAACCCCGGCACUAUUCGCGCCCGCCGACGGUCAGGAGCCUAGCGAGCGCUGUGAUGUCACCGACGUCGUCGUGGGUGCCUUUGAGACCAAGACCACCGACAUCCCAGCCGCGGAGCCCGGCAGAUCCGUCCUGCGCCUGACGUUCAAGGCGACAGGCAGCCCGGCCCACAGGUAUGUCGUGGACUGCCCCAGCCCGGGAGCGCGGUCCGUGGUGAUGAGGAAGGUGGGCGGAGACGGCGACGGCGACAACAGCAACGGCAAUGACGAGGAACCGCCGCUGGAGUUGACGGCCGUGUACAUCCCGGCGGCGCGCCACCUGUCGGUGCUGAGCUCGGCGAGCCUGCCGGCGUGGAUGCGCGAGCUGGGCGACGGGUGGCCGCUGUCGGCGCUGUCGAUCCCGGGGACGCACAACAGCCCGACGUGCCACGUGGCGCUGCCGUCGGUGCGGUGCCAGGCGGUCGGGGUGCGCGAGCAGCUGGACAACGGGGUGCGGUUCCUCGACGUGCGCCUGUCGGCGUCGCGCGACGACGACGGCCUCGCCCUCGUCCACAGCGUCUUCCCCAUCUCCCUCGCCGGCGGCAAGCACCUCGCCGGCCUGCUCGACGAGCUGUACGCCUUCCUCGACGCCAACCCGUCCGAGGCGCUCAUCAUGAGCCUCAAGCGCGAGGGCACCGGCCGCGGGACCGACCAGCACAUGUCGCAGCACUUGUUCAAGCGGUACUGCGGCGGCGGCGGGAAGGACGGCGGGAGGGACGAGGACACGGCGCGGCGCUGGUUCACGGAGCCGCGGAUCCCGACGCUGGGCGAGGCGAGGGGCAAGAUCGUGCUGGUGCGGCGGUUCAACAACGACGGCGCGCUGCAGGCCGAGCACGGCGGCAAGGGCUGGGGCAUCGACGCCUCGGCGUGGCCCGACAACUGCGCCGACGGCACCGUUGACAGCGGGCUCGUCCGCGUGCAGGACUUCUACGAGGUCACCCAGAGCACCAACAUCGAGAAGAAGGCCGAGCUGGCCCGGUCGCACCUCGAGAGGGCGUGCCAGCAGGUGUAUGCUGCCGCACCAGGACCCGGAGGUGGUGAUGGGCCGCCGCCGCCGCCGCUCUUUGUCAACUUCUUGACUGCGAGCAAUUUCUUCAACGCCAGCUGCUGGCCAGAGAAGAUUGCCGCCAAGGUGAACCCUUCGAUCAUCGAGUACCUCUGCAUCAGGCACGCCGAGAAGGGCAAAGGACCGGCGCAGCUGGACGUCGGAGAUGCGGGCACAGGCAUUGUUGUUACGGACUGGGUUGGCCACGACGGGGACUGGGACUUGAUAAGGUGCAUAGUCGCAUGGAAUGCGAGGCUACAACUGAAGAAGUAG